UUCUCCCUUAUAGACUGAUGAAGUGUCAAAUAACCUUGAUCUUGAUCUCACUGCUCGUUAUUUGAUGAAUUGAUAUUCACUUGUUUGUAUUUUCAUAGCCAUUUAUUUCAACAACGGGAAAGUAAAUAGUGAAAAAUAAUUGUGAAGGUUCCACAUUAAAGACAUCUAAACAUUACGCAACUUGAAACAAUGGAGAUUGACGAAAGACUCAAAAAAUAUCCCCACUGCCCCUUGUCCAUCUCGACCUUCACCACCUUUUCCGAUGAGGGCAACAUGCACUUCCGUGCCGGACAUUUCAGAAAAGCUUUGUACUGUUUCGAUAGAGCAUUAGAACUGCAGCCGGACAACAAAGGUGCACGUGUAUCACGGAGUCAAUGUCAUUUAAAACUUGGUGACGCUGUGGCAGCCUUGGCCGACGCAGAGGCGUCGUUCGUCGAGGGGGAAAAGAGCAAUAUUAUGGGUCUCUACCAAUAUGGCGAAGCCCUCUUUAACCUGGGACAGUUUGAACAGGCUUUGAUGGCUUAUCAUCGAGGUUACCGGAGUCGAAAGGACAAGGAGGAAUUUCGCGUAGGAGUUAAUAAAGCGAAAGACGCUAUUGUUACUGCAAUCGGAGAUCAACAAGCAACACAAAUUGAAGAUUUGGACACGGUUCUUCCUCAAAUAGAUGAGAUUAAUGCGGCCAACCGAGGUCCCGAACAUUGUUGCGUCCUUUCCUCGCUGAACGAGAUGAAGCAGUCACAGCAGAAAAGCCGAAAAGCAAAUGCUCUAACGUUUGCCAGGUCACGAUGGGUUGACCGAGAAAUUCUUGGUGUUCUUCAACAGGACAAAGAUUAUCUUACAAAGUUUUUGAAGCGGCCAGAUAUUCAUGGCGAUGCUCAAAGUAGCUCUGAAGGCUUGCGAGGUAAAGCAAACGAAGCUCUUAAUUACUUAGAAAUCAGACAAAAAUUUUGGCGACAGCAGAAUCCAAUGUAUGCGCGCAAGAUUGGACUGACAUUCAACAAUGAUAUGGUCCGUCAAUAUGAACAACAAGAGAGAGAGAAAAUGGAAGCAUCUCGGAAGAUUAAAAUGGACGCGGCUCAGGGAGCGGUUGUGAAGAACAUUUCGCAAAUCGAGCACGCACUUAAAAUUGGAAGGGCUCAUGAUUGUCAACUCGAAUGUGAAAGAGCUUUGCGCCAAAUUAAAGAAAUCAGUCAACGACUUCUCCCACGAAAACCUGAAUUUCUCACGGAAAUUCUCCACUUUAAAGGCUUGGCGUUAAUGAAGCUGAAAAGUUACGACAAUGCUGCAACAGCGUUUCAAGAAGAAUUCAAAGUAGCUGCGGACAACAAAAUGCCUGAAACAAAAUCUCGAGCCCUGGACUACUUGGGACGCAGUUAUGCACUGAAAGGGUCAUUUGCAGAAGGUGCAGAAAUUUGGGAUUCCCGCCUUGCUAUUUCGAAAACCCCGAUUGAGAGAGCUUACUUAUUUCACGAGAUUGGUCGUUGUUAUUACGAAACGAACAAGUUUGACUUGGCCAAGAUAUACGGAAAUCAAUGUUUGGACGAAGCAUCCAAAAUCAACGACAAUAUUUGGAAAAUGAAUGCAGAGAUUUUACUGGCACAGUGUGAAGUUAAAAGUAAAACAUUUGAUAAAGCUAAUCAACAUUUUGAAAAAGCAGAGGAAUACGCUUUGAACUGCAACAAUAAGGCCAAUGUUGGAAUGCUGAGGGAGGCGGAACAAUGCAUUAAAAUUUAUAUGGAACGAGCCGAUGCUGGAACCACACAUUCGCACGAAGACGACGAGAAAGAUGCCUCCGAUGAUGACAAAGACUUGGUCGAGUAACUAACUAACAAGCAAUAUUAAAUGUGAGAUUUAAAAUUAAAUAUGCAAGAUAAACAUUUGUACUGUCGGAUAAUUUACCCCAAGAAUAAAAACAAGAUCCAAGAUACAUAUAA